AUGGUCAGUAAGGAACCUGGCAAAUGUGUGCUCACCACGACCGAGAGUGAGGUGGAGCCGGCUGCCUCGCUGGCCCUGGAGAUGAAGUAUGCGCUGGACCCCAAUCGGCAGAUUAAGAAGCGGAAUAAAGCGCUGCAGGUUCGCUUCAAGGACAUCUGCGAGGCCCAGAACGAGCAGAGGGGCACGCAGCUGGUGGCGGGCCAGGCAGGCGAUCGGCGGGAGGCCAAGCCCGUCUCACACAAGGCUGCCUAUCGCAAAUACAUGACAGUGCCCGCCCGCAGGUCCAUCCCCAAUGUCACCAGAAGCACAGGCGUGCAGACCUCGCCGGACCUCAAGAAAUGCUACCAGACCUUCCCUCUGGACCGCAAGAAAGGAAGCCUGAAGAGCUUCCCAGGCGUGGAGCCCUUUAAGAGUCAGAACAAUGGCUUUCUCGUGGAGGACAGGAGUGAGGGGAUGCCGCCUGGGGCCACCAGGGUUCAGACCACGGCCUUGGUGUUCCACUCCAACGAACACAUAAACGCAGUGGACCAGCCUCCGGGCCUCAACUGUGCCGAGCCUUGUCCAAACCCCGAUGUGCACAGCUAUCCGGAUGCCUCCCUCCAGAACUUGGCUCCACCUGCUUCGGAAGACCCAGACCCUCGGCUGCACGGCCGAGCAAAGUCUGACAGGGGGACGCCGGAGGCCGAGGAGCCCACCCCAGUGUCCCACAGCAGGGUGUUUAAGACAGAGGUGGCCACCGUGUACACGCCUGUUCCCAGCGCUCAGGUCCCUGAGUCCACCUUGUCCAACUCCACAGCCGCCAGCGAGUGGUCCCUCUGGCCAGCGGACGAGGAACGCAGGCGAGCCGGGCACCUCAAUGGUGCCACGCUGGCCUGCUUGCCCCCCACGCAGUGCCCAUCCCCUGACUGUGGCGACCAGACUCUGCAGGCUCAAACCCCCGUUGAGGAGGAGACCCAGCCUUGUCAGAUGUCGCUCUCGGCAGGCCAAGAAUGCCAACAAAUCGUGCCUCACACAGAGGUUGUGGAUUUGAAAGCACAGCUUCAGAUGAUGGAGAACUUGAUCAGCUCUAGCCAAGAAACCAUCAAAGUGCUCUUGGGGGUCAUUCAAGAGCUGGAGAGAGGAGAAGCUCAUCGGGAAGGGCUUUCAUAUCGGACGGGACAAGACACGGCUAAUUGCGACACUUGCAGGAACAGCGCAUGCAUUAUCUACAGUGUGGAGCUAGAUUUUAAGCAGCAAGAAGACAAACUCCAGCCAGUUCUGAGGAAACUCCAUUCUAUUGAGGAAACUCAGGUCGCACCUUCGCCUUAUUCUCAGGAGACGUACUCCUCAACUCCCAAGCAAAAAUCCAAAACUGAAUCUAAGAAGCAUGGAAGAUGGAAACUCUGGUUCCUUUGA